AUGGCGUACUUGCCCUUGAGUCAAUGGCUGCUUAUCCUGGCUGUGCUCGACGGACCCCUCGGGUGUUUCGGAGACGAUGAGCAGACGGCUACGCGCGUCGCAUCCUUUAUGGUGAUUGGGGAUUGGGGCUAUGACGGCGUGGCGCAUGGAAAUGUGGGUCGGCACUGCCAGGGCGUGAUCGCCAGCCGGAUGCACCAGGAGUUCACCGAACUGGGGGACGUGAAGUUUGUCAUCAAUGUUGGCGACUCGUUCUAUCCGGGUGGUGUCACAAGCAAGGACGACUCGGCGUGGCACAGCAAGUGGCGCAACGUCUACUCCUCAAGCGUGCGCAGCGUGCCAUGGUACAGCGUCUAUGGCAACCAUGACAUGCUGUACGACCCAGGCGCCUGCAGCAGUGAUGAGGAGAAGGCA